AUGUCUUCGUCUUAUUUUUCUAGUAUCUAUUCUUUGUUUGAAAGAAAAAAGAUUCCCAAGAAACCUAGAAGAGAUCAAGCCGUUCGGCCUCAAUCAAUUGCGACCAGAUCGUCUGCUAGCUCAACAACGGUUGUCAGGUGUGGCUAUGAUGAACUAUACUACGACGACAACGACAAAGGAAAAGAUCUUGAGGAUACAAGCAGUGAUGACGAUAGCAACUCUACCUAUUGUAUCAUUGACAAUGCCAGAUCCCUUCCAUUCAAAAAGCUAGCUGAGAUGCACAAUAUACCAGAAUCAUUUUCAGGAAAUGACCAAGACAUAAUCAAGGAGUUUACCUUUUUAUUGGCACAAAUCAAACAAAUCUGUCAGCAGCUGAAUAGUUCCAGAGAAGCUGUUCAGUUUGCAGAAACUGACGAAACUAUCGGUUGCAAACUAAAGGAAACCAUACAAUUUAUAUGCAGACGAUAUUAUGAAAGUACAUCAGCUGGCGAUAGUGGUGUAGCCUUUUUGGCUCUCUUAAUGAUUGGCAUCCAGGUACUUCAAACAGUGCCAGAAGUGAAAGAACAACUGCUACACAGGACCUGUAUUGGAAGAUGUAUCAUCCGGAAUAUGCUCAUGGUGCUGAAGGACCCCAAGAACAAGAUCACCACGCCCAGAAUGUUGUACGAUCAGAGCGAAUUCACGCAAAUCUUAUUUGAUUGUCCUCAUCUGAAAAGUCCAAGUGAAAUGCUAGGCAUGAUUGACACAUUGACAAAAGUUACAUCAAAAUUCGCCUCCGUUGACAAGGAUUGGUAUCACUAUGAAGACUAUGCAAAUGUAGUUACAUUGGCAACAGAUCUAUUUUCAUAUUGA